UGCUGCUGCGUCGCAGAGGCAGUCCCGGCGGACGAAAUUGCCCUCCCUUUUCCAUUGAAAUCACGAAACCCUUCAAUUUCUUUCCCACUCAGAUUCUAACCACACCACAGUCAAAGAUCCUUACUCAUUCUCUCUGCACGCCAAGAUUUUCUCAGAAAUUAAGCUUAUUUUCUUGCACUUUCUUUUCCGAUUUUUUUCCACUCUCUUUUCCGGCCAUGCGACCUUGAACAAAGAAAGCAAGAAAGAAGGAAAGAAAGAAAAAGAACCGUGCGGCAAUGGAUUUCGUUGAAGGCGUGGGAGAGAGCUCAUCGCCUCCGCGCACCUUCAGCGGUUACAGCAACUACGAUGUGAGGAACGACGUGUACAAUCGCUUGAUGGAAACCGGCCACGACCAAGCCGUGUCGAAUCCCGAGUUUCGCGAACAGCUGGAAGCUCACUUCAAUCGCUUGCCUCCAAGUUAUGGACUUGAUGUUAAUAUCGAUAGAGCUGAAGAUGUUCUAUUGCAUCAGACCCUUCUUGCUUUGGCAAGAGACCCAGACAAGCGCCCCGUCUAUCAUAUACGCUUCUUGGAGAAUAUUUCUACUAGAACAGAUGGUGAAGAUCAACAAAUUGUAAAUACUCAUUCUGUCCUAGGGUCAACUUCACAUGCAACAAAUGGGGGAGCUGUAUCAUCUCAUAAGAGUACAAUGAGGGAUCUUGCAACUGAGUUUGAGCCCUGCUCGAAGCUUGAGGACCUAAAUUUGGAUGUUAGAAAGAACUCCAAGGAGACAGAGGAAAAAUUUCUUACUGACAACUUUUCCCAGAGGCAUGAACUUUCAAGUGUCCCAGUUCAUGAAAUAAUAUUUUCCACUGUUGACAAGCCAAAGCUUUUAAGCCAGUUGUCUGCUUUGCUGUCUGAAAUUGGGCUUAACAUCCGUGAAGCACAUGUUUUCUCCACAACUGAUGGCUACUCCCUUGAUGUGUUUGUGGUGGAUGGAUGGCCAGUAGAGGAAACAGAUGAUUUGUAUGAUGCUAUGGAAAAAGCUGUAGCAAGAAGUGAGGGGUCAUGGUCUCGUUCUUCAAAUUCUCAUUCAGCUGUGGAGAAAGCCUUAGCAGCAGAAGGAAAAUCUGGAGAUUGGGAAAUAGACAGGAGGUUGUUAAAGAUAGGAGAAAGAAUAGCAUCUGGAUCCUGUGGAGAUUUAUAUCGUGGAGUUUAUAUUGGUGAAGAUGUUGCUGUUAAGGUUCUGAGAUCUGAGCAACUGAAUGAUGCCUUAGAGGAUGAGUUUGCUCAAGAAGUAGCAAUUCUGAGGCAGGUCCAUCAUAAAAAUGUUGUUCGUUUCAUUGGUGCAUGUACAAAGUGUCCACAUUUGUGUAUAGUAACAGAGUAUAUGCCUGGAGGAAGUCUGUAUGAUUAUUUGCACAAAAAUCAUAAUGUGUUGGAGCUGUCUCAAUUACUAAAGUUUGCAAUUGAUGUCUGCAAGGGUAUGGAGUAUUUGCAUAGAAACAACAUAAUUCACAGGGAUCUGAAGACGGCCAAUUUGCUGAUGGAUACACACAAUGUUGUUAAAGUAGCAGAUUUUGGAGUUGCUCGGUUCCUAAAUCAGGGGGGAGUAAUGACAGCAGAAACUGGAACGUAUAGAUGGAUGGCACCAGAGGUGAUAAACCAUCAGCCCUAUGAUCAGAAAGCAGAUAUAUUCAGUUUUUCCAUAGUACUGUGGGAACUAGUGACAGCAAAGGUACCAUAUGAUACCAUGACUCCAUUACAAGCUGCCCUGGGUGUGAGACAGGGACUACGACCAGAACUUCCAAAGCAUGGACACCCUAAACUAUUAGAUUUGAUGCAAAGAUGUUGGGAAGCAAUUCCAAGCAGUCGUCCAUCCUUCAAUGAGAUAACAGUUGAACUUGAAAAUCUUUUACAAGAAAUUGAGAACGAUUCGGAAGCUAACGGUGCUUGACAUAUUCAGCACAAAAUGUUGUACUCCAGUUAUACUCCGACUGUUGGGCGAGAAUCUGCCCUUUUUGUUCCCCUCCCUCCUUAGCUAUGCAAAAAUAGCUGUAGAGUUUUUCGAAGGAGUUCACAGAAGCUGACAUAUACAAAGUGAGAAAAUGUAAAGAGGCAUACUAAUGUUAUAGUUGAUAAUAGAAAAUAUAUAUCUCAGGCAAAAUCACGUCAAACUUCACUGUGAAAAGUUGUUUUGACAAGAGGAAUGCGUUCCACGCGGCUAUUGAAAUGUGUUCUGUUGAAAUUUCAGCUAUGUAAUCAAUGAAGUGCAUAGUGAGAUCAAUUAUGUUGAGCAUUAAUGUAUCGUAUUGUAAAUGGAUGGCAGACAUGGAGCGAUGAGCUCCGGUGUUAAACUAGCUUAGUCGAAAAUGUUACAUUUGCCUUCCUUGUAUUAUUAUUUCCUUCUGAUAUUUUUUUAUUUUUAUUUUUAUUUUUAUACA